AGAGAGGAACUGUACGCUUCUUUGAUUCAAGCAAAGCCAGUAGCCACGAUGGGGCAUCUAGAUAUUCGUGUUAUACUGUGGAUCUUUGCUGCAACGUUGACRAAGUAUCACGUAGACGCGGCAUAYGGCGAAACUCGCACAUGCGCAGUUGUCAAAUGCAGUCUUGGUUUCGARUGUAMGAUGAUUGGUGGAGAGCCAAAGUGUGUUAAAAUGCGAUGUGACUUCGCCUGUCCAGAAAUCUUUGACCCAGUGUGCGGCACUGAUGGUAAAACCUACUCGAACGAAUGCGAAUUGAAGCGAGAAGCAUGCAAACAAAGYAAAGACAUUAAAGUUGCAAGCAAAGGAAAAUGUCGACCUACAAGCUGUGCGGCUGUGACGUGCGCACCGCCAAAAGUCUGCCAAAUCAUCAAAGGGUYUGCAGAAUGUGUCUGUAAUGAAAUUUGCACCUUGGAGUUCGAUCCAGUGUGUGGAUCCGAUGGGAAAACCUACUCUAACGAAUGCGAACUGAAGCGAGAAGCAUGCAAACAAAGCAAAGAUAUUAAAGUUGUAAGCAAAGGAAAAUGUAGACCUACAAGCUGUGCGGCUGUGACGUGUGCACCGCCAAAAGUCUGUCAAGUCAUCAAAGGUUUUGCAGAAUGUGUCUGCAAUAAAAUUUGCACCUUGGAGUUCGAUCCAGUUUGUGGAUCCAAUGGAGUUACUUAUGGUAAUGAAUGUCAGCUAAAAGCAGCUGCUUGUCAACAAAAUAAAAAGAUUACAAUUGCUAGCAAAGGCGAAUGUCCGAAAGCAUCUUGUGCCGCUGUAACCUGCUUGCUUCCUAAAGUCUGUGAACUCGUCGACGAUCGAGCUCAAUGUGUCUGUCCAAAAUUCUGUCCGGCUGUAUAUAAGCCAGUUUGCGGAUCUGACGUAAAGACAUAUAGCAACCUAUGCUUCCUUAAUAUUGCUGCAUGUAAAGACAAGAAUAUCAAACACGCUGGCGAYGGUCCUUGCUUUACAACUACCAGCAAACCAACAACCAAACGGCCAUGUCCCGAUGCGUGCAUUCUGYUGUAUGAUCCAGUAUGCGGCUCCGAUAAUAAGACAUACAGCAAUGCGUGUCUUCUUGGCAUUGAACAGUGCAAAAACAACCCAAAACUAAGAGUUUUAUAUCGUGGAAAAUGCACGGCAGGAUGCGAAGGUAAAAGCUGUCCAGGCAAGCAUGCCGCCUGUCACAUGGUACAAGAUCGCCCUACAUGCGUWCGAGUUUGCCAUCCUUGUCCUGGAUUACAACGUAAACCAGUUUGCGGUUCCGACGGAAAGACUUAUGCCAGCAAGUGUGAGCUCGAUAGGGCUGCGUGUAAAAGUAAAAAGAAGAUCAGAGUUGUAAGCUCAGGACGUUGCAAACCACCCAAAAUCACCUGCGCAAAUGUACUGUGUAAGAUCCAUUCGAUCUGUAAGAUGAUCAGAGGCAAUCCAAAGUGCAUCAGCACUUGUCCGAWGAGAUGUGGCAGGAUCUAUCGACCAGUUUGUGGGUCUAAUGGAGUGCUCUAUCCCAACCGUUGUUUAAUGAAAAUGKCAGCUUGUAAAAAGAGYAAGAUUAUCACUGCUGUUAGCAUGAAACGAUGUCGCAAACACGUUUGUGGCAACUACAGAUGUAUCUAUCCGCCAUAUUCCCGAUGUGAGGCUGUAAGGGGAAGAAGGAGAUGCGUUUGUAAAUUCCUCUGCCCUCGUAAACAAAGCUUGGUGUGUGGGUCGGAUGGUAGAACGUACAGGAAUCUGUGUUUCAUGAGAAAAAGGGCUUGUCUCAGUAGGAAGAAGAUUAAAGUCGUCAGCAAAUCGAGAUGUAAAAAUCCUUGCUUCAGAGCCAAACGAUGCACCAGUCCUCCCUAUUCAGUCUGUCGCCCGGUCAAAGGCAAAGCAAAAUGUGUGUGUCAGCGGUUCUGUACAAAACACUACCGCCCCGUUUGUGGUUCUGAUGGCAAGACGUAUGGCAAUCUUUGCAUGUUGAGGUCUACAUCAUGUAUACAGAAUAGAAAAAUUACUCUAAAGCAUCCUGGGAAAUGUCGUAUCGAUCCUUGCAGGACGGUCAGGUGUGGAUUCUAUGCUGUUUGUCAAGUACAAAACAACAAACCCAAAUGUGUCUGUAAAAWAGGAUGCCCAAGAAUUCUCAAACCAGUUUGCGGUAGCGACGGCAAAACAUACAACAACGAAUGUCUCUUGAAGGUUGAAUCAUGUAAACAACAAAAGCAAAUCAAAGUUGUUUACAAAGGCAGAUGUCGUCCAGUGGAUCCUUGUAGUACGGUGAGGUGUGGAUUUUAUGCUGUUUGCAAAGUACAAUACAACAAACCCAAAUGUGUCUGUAACGAAGCAUGUCCCAAAAUCCUCAAACCAGUUUGCGGUAGCGACGGCAAAACAUACAGCAACGAAUGUCUUUUGAAGGUUGAAUCAUGUAAACAACAAAAGCAAAUCAAAGUUGCUUACAAAGGCAAUUGYCUCGCAGUUUCAUCGUAUUAUAGUGGGAGCGGAUAAUGGCUAUGCCAAARUUACCGAAGGAUUGAGCUUCAUGGUGGCCUUCCAACGCAAAUCGAUUUAGAUAAUUAAGAUAGAUUGAUAGAUUCAGUGUAACAGUAAACCUUUGAAAAGUGGGAUUAAAAUUAAAUCAUUCAGACUCA